AUGCAUUUACUCAAACGUAAGAUUGAUUCUUUAUACGUUACUUCCAAAUUUGCCGGUAUGUUGAACAUGUGGAUAGAACAGAAUAGAGAUAAAGUUGAAUUUCAAUUACUGUUCAGAGGUAAUAGAGAUGUGCUUGUCAUCAAAGUUAAUAAUAUUUGCAGUAGUGAUCGUGUUGAUAGUUGCGAUAGCAUUCAUGAGGAUGAUGUCAAUGAGAUUUGUAGUAGUAAGACUUGUGAGCAAGGUGAAUAUAUUUUAAACAGGAUGCAACAUUCUCGAUAUUUGAUAUGUGAUAUGUCAUGUAAAUUGAAUAAUAUUGGAUUCGGUCAUGAUCUAUGGUGA